AUGGAUAGUAUAGUACAGAAUGUUGCGUCUGGAUUGCAGGAUCUUUCUAUUUCUCGCCCCGUCGACCGGCUCUCAUGGGGAAUUCCCGUCCCUGGAGAUACGACACAAACCAUAUAUGUUUGGUUGGACGCUUUGGUCAACUAUAUCACCUACGCAGGAUACCCUUUCACCCCUGGCCGCGAGCAAGAGUCGAUAUGGCCUGCAGAUGUCCAUGUCGUGGGCAAAGAUAUCACGAGGUUCCAUUGUAUUUACUGGCCAGCUUUCCUGAUGGCACUGGACCUGCCAUUACCCCGGACCAUCUUGACACACGCACAUUGGACGAUGAACCACUCGAAAAUGUCCAAAUCUACCGGUAACGUGGUCAACCCAAUGUUUGCCAUGGCACGGUACGGUGUAGACCCGAUGAGGUUUUACUUGGCUAUGAACGGGGGUCUUGCUAGCGAUACGGAUUACGACAAUUCGUAUAUCGUACGAGACUACAAAAACAUCCUGCAAGGCGGGCUAGGCAAUCUUUGUAGUCGGGUGAUGCGAGGCAAGGGAUGGAAUGUGAGAGAGAGCGUUGUCAAGAUGACCGAUGGACAGGGCAACAGAAGAGCCAAAGAUCAAUCUGAAAUUGAGCACAUGGAAUUUUUGGAGAAGGUCCCGGGCCUUGUAUCCAACCAGAUGGAUGAAUUGAACCCUCGCCGAGCGCUGGAGGAGAUAGUGAAGAUCAUUGACCAGACAAAUAGAUAUGUCCAGAGCACUGGACCGUGGAACCUCGCGAAGGAGGCGGGCACUGACCCGAUGGCAUACGACCUGUUGGUUGGAGUAAUCUACAAUGCAACCGAGUCUCUCCGCAUUGCCGGCAUCCUCCUGCAACCUUUCAUGCCCGAGAAGGCUAAGAAGCUACUCAACAUGCUCGGUGUAGAGGAAGACCUCAGCAAGCGGUCAUAUGCUGCCGCAAAGUAUGGGGCUGAUCCUGACUAUGGGACGCCCAGGAUGCCGCUAGGAAAAGGGCAGGCAGGGACGCUAUUCCCACCGCUGUUGAGCGAAGAAUGA